AUGGCAUCCAUCGGCGCACAAACAUAUACCAUGGCUCUCCAGAAGUACAUGCUUCUUACAGAGCAACACCAAGAUCUCUGUGAUCGCCUCGACCAGAUCCGUCCCGAGUUCCACUCAUCAAGUCGUUCCCAAUUCUCCUCACCAUCUACAUCACCAACCCGAUCCUCAUCCUCAUCUCUCUCGCUGCCGCCUUCGCCGAAGCGCCACUCCCGAAGUGGACGUCACCACUCACGCUCCCAUGCCCGUUUCAGCGGCUGGGAAAACCACAAUGAACUCACCACGAUCCCCGAUGAGGAGACAAUCUACGAAAUCUCAGCAGAAGAGCAGCGUCUCUCCGAAGUCAACGAGAGCAUCAAGCGUACCCUAACAGAGCUUCUCAACUGCAGCAGUGUGCGCGCCGACCGUGCUUUCAGAACAUGGGUACAGACAAGACUCAUGGAGACGGAAAAGGAACUUCGCAGUGGCCGAAGGCGCAGAAGCUCAGGCAACGAGUAA